AAAUGGCAGUUAAUGUGUACUCUACGUCAGUGACCAGCGAUAACCUGAGCCGGCACGACAUGCUCGCCUGGAUCAAUGAGUCUCUGCAGCUGACGCUGACAAAGAUUGAGCAGCUGUGCUCAGGUGCUGCAUACUGUCAAUUUAUGGACAUGCUCUUCCCAGGUUCUGUAGCACUCAAGAAAGUGAAGUUUCAAGCCAGAUUGGAACACGAAUACAUUCAAAACUUCAAGGUUCUACAAGCAGGUUUUAAGCGAAUGGGUGUUGACAAAAUAAUUCCUGUGGACAAACUAGUGAAAGGAAAAUUUCAGGACAACUUUGAAUUUGUUCAGUGGUUCAAAAAAUUUUUUGAUGCAAACUAUGAUGGGAAGGAGUAUGACCCUGUUGCUGCUCGACAAGGCCAAGAGACAGUAGCACCAAACCUUGUUGCUCCAGUUGUGAACAAACCCAAGAAAUCUCUCAGUUCUAGCAGUGCAGCCCCACAGAGGCCCAUCGUUACGCAGAGGACCGCAGCGACUCCCAAAGCUGGUACUGGGAUGGUCAAGAAGGCUGCAGGAGAUGAUGAAUCAGCAGGAUUGAUUGAGCAGAUCAAUGUGUUGAAACUUACUGUCGAGGACCUGGAGAAGGAGAGAGACUUCUACUUUGGCAAAUUGAGGAACAUCGAAUUGAUCUGCCAGGAGAACGAAGGGGAGAACGAUCCAGUGUUGCAGAGGAUUGUGGAAAUUCUUUAUGCCACAGAUGUGAGUAAUCUGGUACAAAUUGAAGGCUUUGUGAUACCUGACGAAGGAGCACCGCAGGAGGAACAAGAAGAGUAUUAACAGACCACAUACUGUACCAGCAGAGCAGCAACAUCAGAAUUCUUUGCCCCAGAUCAUGUGCUUAACUGUAAAAUACUCCACUUUAUUCUUAGAGGACUCACUGGUUUCUUUCCAUAAGCAAAAAAGUACCUCUUCUUAAAGUGCACUUUGCGGAAGUUUCACUUUCUACAGUGGGUUUGAGUUAGGAGCUCGUUCUCACUUUGUAGCAGAGCAGUAUUCACAUCUAGGUGGUAUAUUUAGGGAGCAAGAGGCUGAAUAUUUGGAACUCGUUGCAGAAGGGUUUGCUGGUAAAACACUGGUUUGCGGGAAGACUCUUGUUGUAUCCGAGGUGGUGUGUAGUAGAGAAAUUAAAAGACUCUGACUCACAGAAAGAUGGAAUAAAUGUGAAAUUGCAGCACAGAAAUUAUAAUAAAAUGCCUUAAGAGUAUUUAAAAUAUGCUUCCGUAUGCCAAAUUGAAGUAAUGUGACGGGAGAUUUUAUGUGCUUCGUCCUGGGGUAGGCGCUUGUUGAACUCCACUCCCUGCUGUCGGAGAGCCACGCGUGGCAACCUCGCCUUGUCAGCGGGCGCUCGAAAGGGGCUGUUGAAACAAAACUCCAUUCCUGUCUGAAGCUGCUCACGAAGUGAUUAGUUCUCCAUGAAAUAGGCCUUAACGUUGCCUGGCACAAGAUUAGAGGGAGUAUGAACAGCUGAGACACAUAAAUUACCUUGAAGAGUGCUAAAGCCUUUUUUCUGUGGCAUUGUGGCUAAUGACUUUGCCAAAAUGUACUGUGUUUUCUGUAAGAGAAACAAAAUAACGAAAAAAAGAGAAAAGGACGUCCAGUCUGACUGCCUAAAAUGUUCUGAUCAGAAGUAAUUUUCCUUCCUGGCUCUUGUUGCUAUUUGUCCUGUUUCUUUUUAUUUUCGUUGGCACACUUUUUGGUCUCUCGCUUGUUCUUUUUGCUUUCCCAUCCCGGGGAACACUGAUCAAAUCCCAUAGUUGCAGCAGGACUUGCACCGUGCAACUAUCUUAGCAUGAAAGUGAACUGAGCACGUAAGGAUUAUUAUUUUUCUGUCUCUUUUUUUUCUUUUUUCCUUUCAGACCAGGGCAUAUAUAAUAAUACUUGCCAGUUCAGUAGUCGUCUGGGGUAAAAGCUAAAAGAUGCUGGCUAACAGAGCUAAUGUUAUUGCAGAAAAUACAGUACUGAGACUAACUUAAAUAUUAAUAUUUAAAGUACUUUCCUUAACUGUCUUUUUUUUUUUUUUUUUGCUAUCAUACCCCUCAUUACUGUUGUGUUUGGCAAGAUCCUGCAAGACUUCUGAUCCCCCUUCACUACUGAGAUUGAUCGGUCCUGUUGUGCUUGUAUUCAUUCGUUUCUGGUGGUAGCUUGUCCUAAAAUGUGCGUAGGAGAGCAUUUUAUGGUAAUUGUUGUGUAGUGCAUGAAUCUUUGUGAAAUUCAGAGAAAAACCCAAAUUCAGUGAAUGCCAAAAAUGCAAGUAUCUAGCCAUUGUUUGAAAUUGCAGUGGUGCUAUUUCUCUUGUGGCCUUUUAGACGUUCGUUGCCCUAAAACUCCAUUUUACUGAGAAACCAUAUUUGACUUGGAUUUUUCUUGACAGGGUUUUUCUAUUUUAAGCAGUUUCUAAAUAAAGUUCUGUAUUUCAAGAG